AUGGCGAGGCUGCGACUCCUACUGCUCCGGCAUCUGGCUGCCGCCACUGCUCUGCUCGCCGGCUUCUCUUCUCUGCCUCCUCUGGCAGAAGCAUAUGAUCCUCUUGAUCCAACUGGGAAUAUCACAAUCAAAUGGGACGUCAUGCAGUGGACUUCAGAUGGCUAUGUUGCUGUUGUUUCCAUAUACAACUACCAUAAAUACCGACAUAUCCAAGCACCCGGGUGGAACCUUGGAUGGGUGUGGGCAAAGAAGGAGAUCAUUUGGACCAUGGUUGGUGGGCAGACCACAGAGCAAGGGGAUUGCUCUCAGUUCAAAGGCAAUAUACCACACUGCUGCAAGAGGGAUCCAGCAGUUGUUGACUUGCUUCCUGGGACACCUUACAACAUGCAGGUUGCAAAUUGUUGCAAAGGAGGAGUGCUUAACUCAUGGGUUCAAGAUCCAGUCAGUGCAGUGGCAUCAUUUCAGAUCAGUGUUGGCCGAUCUGGUACUACCAACUACACAGUGAAAGCGCCACUAAACUUCACUCUGAAGGCCCCAGGACCAGGAUACAGUUGUGGAGCAGCUCAUGUGGUGAAACCUCCUACGAAGUUCAUUUCUCAGGAUGGAAGGAGAACCACUCAAGCUCAUGUGACAUGGAACGUGACAUGUACAUAUUCCCAAUUUGUUGCUCAGCGGGCUCCAACUUGUUGUGUUUCACUCUCAUCAUUUUACAAUGAAACCAUAGUUAACUGCCCAAAAUGUUCAUGUGGCUGUCAGAAUACCAGACCAGGAAGCUGUGUCGAGGGUAAUUCACCUUUUUUGGCUUCUGUCGUGAAUGGACCAGGCAAGAGCAGCAUGGCUCCUCUAGUUCAGUGCACGCCCCAUAUGUGCCCGAUAAGAGUGCAUUGGCAUGUUAAGCUCAACUACAGGGAAUACUGGAGGGUAAAGAUCACGGUUACAAACUGGAAUUACCGGAUGAAUUACUCACAGUGGAACUUGGUAGUUCAGCAUCCAAAUUUCGACAACGUUACUACUAUUUUCAGCUUCAACUACAAGCCUCUGAACCCCUAUGAAGUAAUAAAUGAUACUGGAAUGCUGUGGGGUAUCAAGUACUACAAUGACCUGCUCAUGGUGGCUGGGCCAGAUGGAAAUGUGCAAUCUGAGCUUCUGUUCCGGAAGGACCCGUUGACAUUCACAUUCGAGAAAGGCUGGGCGUUCCCAAGGCGGAUAUACUUCAAUGGUGACAGCUGCGUCAUGCCUCCACCAGAUGCGUACCCAUGGCUACCUAAUUCUUCCCCUGUACUCCUACUGAAGAGCUCAUCCCUUGUUCUGCCCAUCGCGAUUUGGAUGGCGAUGCUGUUCUUACGGCUUCGUAUGUAG